GGGGCGAGGCUCUGUGGGCGUGGUCACCGCGUCGGCUCCGCCCACCCCGGCGCAGCGGCGAUGACGCGCGCGCCCGGCGCGCGGGGCCCGGCAUGAGGACUUUGUGGAGAUUGGGAUACUGUGCCAGACUACUGAAAACUAAUCAUUUUAGGACAGCUGCAUCAAAUACAUCAUUUCCAGCAGUUUGGAUGCUAUUAGCACAACAUUCUGGCAGAAUACCUGGGCUCAUUGUAGUAGUAAAAAAAAAUACUUUCUUCACAAUGCCCGAAACCGUGGAGGAUAAAACUAAUCCAGAACUGUAUUUGCCACAUCCUGGAGUGCGUGGGAUGACACUGCUCGACAGAGAGGCUUUCAAAAGGACAGUGGUUGUUCCAGCUCUUAAAGUCAAGAAGGAAAUUGUGCACAAUGUGCUGAAGUCCCUAAAACAAUCAGUACUGCAGCGUCCCGGCCUCAAGCGGGUGGUGGAGGACCCAGAGGAUGAGGACAGCAGAUUUGUUAUCCUGGAUCCUUAUAAAGUACCAGAAUUCUCAUUGGGAGAGUCAGAGCAGCAGGUCCUGAAGCAGCUCAGUGUCCAUCCUGAGGUGUCCAAGUACCACCUGGAGCUGACCUACGAGAAUUUCAAGUCGGAGGAGAUCCUGCGAGCCGUCCUUCCCGAAGGACAGGAGGUCACCUCUGGAUUCAGCCGUGUUGGCCACAUUGCUCAUUUGAAUCUCAGGGAUCACCAGCUGCCCUACAGACACUUGAUUGGCCAGGUUAUAAUGGACAAGAAUCCAGGAAUCACGUGUGUAGUGAAUAAAACCAAUAUUAUUGACAGCACAUACAGGAAUUUUGAGAUGGAAGUGCUUGCUGGAGAGAACAACCUGGUGACCAAGGUCAAAGAAAAUAACAUUUCCUAUGAACUGGACUUUUCCAAAGUGUACUGGAACCCGCGCCUGUCCACGGAGCACGGCCGCAUCGUGGAGCUGCUCAAGGCUGGCGAUGUUCUCUUCGACGUCUUCGCUGGGGUCGGGCCUUUCACCAUCCCAGCAGCCAAGAGGAAGUGCAGAGUGUUGGCCAACGACCUGAACCCCGAGUCCUACAGCUGGCUGCUGCACAACUGCAAGCUCAACAAAGUGGACACCAGGGUCAAGGCAUUCAACAUGGACGGCAGGGCCUUCCUGCAGGGGCCGGUGAGGGAGGAGCUCAGCAGAGAGCUCCCGCUCCUGAAGGAGGAGCAGAAAACCAGUUUCCACAUAGUCAUGAAUUUGCCAGCUCUGGCUCUGGAGUUCUUGGAUGUUUUCAGGCAUCUCUUGGUUGGGGAGCCCUGCAGCCCUGCUGCCCUUCCCACUGUGCACUGCUAUGGCUUCUCCAAACACAGCAACCCAGCCAGGGACAUUCAGGAGCGAGCGGAAGCUGCGCUGGGAACCUCCUUGGCUGGGCGCUGCUCCACGUUCCAGGUCAGGAACGUGGCGCCCAACAAGGAGAUGCUGUGCCUCAGUUUCCAGAUCCCAGCAGAUGUGCUCUACAAGAGGCCCUGCCCUGAUGAAGCCAAACCAGCCUCGAAACGUCUGUGUACCAGCCAAGAUCCUUCAGAAGAGAAGGUCCUGAGUUGCAGACCAGAGCUGUGGUGACUACCUUAGUUUGUGUCAAGGGAAUUUGGGGUGUCUCUGUUUUACCCCUUGAGUUUUAAGGAGCAGACCUAUGUUCCCAUCGAGUUUCCUUUGGGAGCCUUGCUUCCUGCAGUCACCUUUCCUUCUCCUUGUGGGAUUAAUUGAAAUUGUUGUUACUAUAAAAAAUUAAAACUUUAUUGUUUUAUAACCAAUGUGUUUUGGUACUUCCCUGCUCUCUGUUGUUUCAUGCCCUGGGCUAACUCAGUGGCAGGGCCUGGGUUAGUUUUCUCCUGUAGCAUUUUGAUAAUGUGCAGGUUGUAGGGAGAACAGAUUUUUAUGUCUUGUUGGGUCUAGCAAGGGUACUUAUAUAACCCCUGCCCUGGAUUCUGCCUGACAGAUGUUUUGGUUUCAGAAUAUUGGAUUAUGGUUAGCAGAUACACAAACAGCUCUUGGGUAAGCAAGGUAACCUUUCAAAAGCUUAACCUGAGUUACCAAAAGGGCCGAAGAGCCAAAUAUCCUGAGGUUUUGAGUAAAAAGUGCUUUUUAACACCAAGAUUUAGUUAGGGAUUAGUUGACUCCUAACUUUGUGUUUGCCCACGGUUAGAGCCAGAAAGACUCUAAUGUCUUUUGCACAUUUACAGAUGAAGUUCAUGCUUGCACUGCAGUUCCAGGCUGAAACCAGCACCUGAAAAACAGUUCUGUCCUCCUGAAACUGUGUCCUCCCAUGGCUUUUGUGCCUCGGCCCUCCCAGCUCUCCCCACCUCUGCCUGCUCCCCUGCUGCAGUCCCUGGAUGAUCUUUCUGGCUGGCUGCUCAUAUUCUGCAGGGAUUUGAGAAGCCUCUGCCUUUGAUUUCCUUUUCUUACCCAUCCAAACUAUUGUUGGGCAAUGUCAACCACAAAUAGUUUAUUUGGCCAGAGAACUCGGCUCGCCCUCUCAGUUUCAGAUAUUUUCCCUCAGCCCAAGCUCCGAGCUCACGCCCAGCAACCAGAUGUCUGUCACCCUCCUGGCCCUGCUGCUGUGGCUCCAGCCCUGAGCCUGCAGCCUGCUGCAUUUUUGGUUCUCACCCAAACACCACCAAGGGCCAUGGAUUUGUUUUGCUCGUGGCUCCGUGUCACGGCCUUUCCUUCCCUUGGCUGCACAGCCGGUGUUUGGAGGGAGCCCUCGCAGCCUGGUUCCUGCAGGGUCAGGUUUAUCAACCCCCAGGGAGCCAUCCUGACUCCCCUGGGUGUCCUGAUUCCUCCCUGGCCUGUACUGAGCCCCAGCACUCCUGCUUGAGCAUCCCUGCAGCUCCAGCCUGGGAGUGCUGUGCUGCCAGGCACUGCUGUGGGAUCCUGCCCUGCUGCCUGUCCCGUUUGCUGACACCUCUGCUGCUCUCCAGCUGCUCCCUCUGCCUUGCCACAAACACCUGAAGGCAGCUCCUGCUCUCUGAAGCCCCCACAAACACUGCUGGAGCAGUGAGGCCCUCCACCACCCUGGAAUGGUGCAGCCACCCUGGGAUCACUGCCUGUCACAGACCCUGUGACUUCACAUUGCUUCAUAGCUCCAUUUAGGGCUUGGCACCACUGCACCAACAGAAACCAGGCUUUGAUCACCAUUUCUGGGCCAGGCCUGUAAAAUACAUAACUCUGAUUUUCACUAAAGCAUCCUAGGGAAGGGAGGAUUUGAACUGGUAAAAGUUAAGGACUGAAUGGCAGUGCUCUUCCUGCAGCAUAACUUCAGUUUAGAUCCAGUCUAGCAGAUACUUCACUAUAUUCAUAACCAGGGUUUUCCAGCUUUCUGUGCAGUGGCCAAUUCUGUGUGCAAUAAAUGAUAAAUAAUAGCCAAGCUACAUACAAGUAAAUGAGUGUGUUGAAAUUAUAACUAUAAUAUACAUAUGCACUUGUGCAUUCAUUAGGGCAUGACUGGGGCUUUACAAAGUGAAUACAAAGAGAUCAUUGGCGAGGUGCAUCUUUGCCAGUCUAGGUGAGCCUGGGAAUGAGGAGAAGAGGGAAGGAUC